AUGCCGAGCACCGCCAACAAGGCCGCCCCAGGCGUGCCGUUUUAUACCCCGGCCCAGGAGCCUCCUGCCGGCACCCCGGUCAACACCUCAUCCGCGCCAACGCUCUUCAAGCCCCUCAGAAUCCGCGACGUCACUCUGAACAACCGCAUCUGGGUCUCCCCCAUGUGCCAGUACUCGGCCGAGGACGGCCACCUGACGGACUACCAUCUCGUGCACCUGGGCCAGUUCGCGCUGCACGGCGCCGCGCUAACCAUCAUCGAGGCCACGGCCGUCGAGGCGCGGGGCCGCAUCUCUCCCGAGGACGUCGGGCUGUGGAAGGACUCCCAGGUCGCGCCACUGAAGCGGGUUGUGGACUUUAUCCACUCGCAGAACCAGGCCGUGGGCAUCCAGCUCGCGCACGCGGGGAGGAAGGGGAGCUUGUUGGCGCCGUGGAUCACGGAGACGCGGGGCAAGGCGCUCGCGCACGAGAGCGAGGGCGGGUGGCCGGACGACUGCGUUGCGCCGAGCGCGAUCCCGUACACCGAGGACUGGGCCACGCCGCGGGAGCUGACCGUCGAGGAGAUCCAGGGCCUGGUCAAGGGCUUUGCCGACGCGGCCAAGAGGGCGAUUGAGGCGGGCGUCGAUGUGAUUGAGAUCCACGCCGCCCACGGGUACCUGUUUACCGAGUUCCUCUCCCCUCUGAGCAACAAACGCACGGAUCAGUACGGCGGCAGCUUCGAGAACCGUACGCGCUUCCUUUUCGAGUCCCUCAAGGCCGUGCGCGACGCCAUCCCGUCCGGCACGCCGCUCUUCGUCCGCAUCUCGGCGACGGAGUGGAUGGAGUACGCCGGCAACCCCUCCUGGACGAUCGAGGACUCGAUCAAGCUCGCCAAACUCCUGCCGGAAGCCGGCGUCGAUUUGUUGGACGUCUCCUCCGGCGGCAACAACCCGGCGGCCAAGAUGGUGAUCGAGCCGUACUACCAGGUCAGCCUUGCGGGCCGUAUCCGCGCGGCGCUGGAGGCCGAGGGCAAGAAGCUCCUCAUCGGCGCCGUGGGCAUGAUAAGCAGCGGCGAGAUGGCGCGGAGCAUCGUCCAGGCCAAGAAGGCGAAGGAGUACGCCGGCACGGAGACCAACGGGCAAAAGGCAGCCGAGCAGGGGAACGUGGCGACGCUGGAGGUUGAUGAGGAGCACGGGCAGGUGACGCAGGCGGACGCGGUGCUCGUCGCGCGGCAGUUCCUGCGGGAGCCCAACUUUGUGUACAAGAUUGCGGACGAGAUUGGGGUGAACAUUAAGUGGGCGAACCAGUACGAACGAGCGCCGCGGAGGAAGCAUUGA